AAUCACAUUUUCCAAUGUUUUUUUGAAGACGAAAAAAAAUAAUGAUGAUAAUAAUUGAAGAAAAAUAAUCAUGAUUAAUGAUCCUUGUUGAACAUGGGCGACAUCUUUCGUUUUAAAUUGUCGUUUUUUUCUAUCAGAUUUGAAUAACAUAUAUUUCUUAUAUUCAUUAAUGGGUGAUGAUGAUGAAUUUCAAUGUCUCUCUCUCUCUCUCUCUUACAUCAAAUUCAAUCUAAUGUCCAGUUUUCAUUUGGAUAUCAAGUCUAUUUUUUCCAAAAAAAUAUGACUCUUUUUAUUUUACCGAAAACUUUUCAAUCUAACUUCAAGUACAACAAAUACAUCGGACAAAAUGUGAAAGGAAAGAUGAAUUGCCGUCAAUUUUCAGAAAAAAAGAGAAAGUUUCUUCCAAUUAUCUUCGAAUACGAUUUCAUUCAAAAUUUCAAUAGAAUGGAAUAUUGUGGAACAACAAAAGAGUUUGAAUUUUCAAUACACAAAAGUGAAUCUUUCAUUUUUCUUGUUGAACAAAGAAAAUAUAGAUAUAGAUACAAAUAUAGAUGAUGUUCAUAUCAUUCAUAUAUCGUCCAUCGACAUUUGGUUUCAAUAAUCCAAGUGUUAGUUUAAUUUCCGUUACAAAACGACAAUGAAAUUUUAUCGAAUAACUAUAUCGAUUAUUUUGACCAUUAUGAUUAUGAUUGAAUCAUCAAUUUCUCGGCGGCGGACUCAACGAAUAUCGAGAACUGGAUUGCCGGACGGCGCUAGAAUUAUUACUAUGGGUAAAGAUUUUAAUUCUACAUUCAAAUGUGAAAAGGAUAAAGAUGGUUUCUUUGCCGAUGUUGAAUAUCAAUGUAGAAUAUUUCACCGUUGUCAUACGGCUCAUAAUGCCGGUAAUCGUAUCCAGGUAUUGCAUUAUUCAUUCUUCUGUAGUGAUCGUUUAGUAUUUGAUCAGUCAACACAUACCUGUAGAAGAAGAGCUGAUGCCAUUCCUUGUGAAACAUCACCAAUGUUUUUUGAUCUUAAUGAUCGUAUCGGUUCUGAUGGACCAUUUCUAACACAUGCGGAUAUUGAUCGUGCAAAAGCAGUAAGACCAGAAUAUCGUCGCCGUCGUCGUCGUCGCUGAAAUUAUCAUCAUCAUCGAGGUGGACCAACAACGCGAGGCUGCAUUAAAUUCUAUUUAAUUAUUGGACCGUAUUCACACCAUCAUUGUCCUGAUUUGUUUAUUGAUUUUGGUUGAAUAAAAAUAUUUUUUUAUGUUUA